CUGGUCCCUUCUGACAUUUAGACCGGGUGGCGAGACUUUUGUUCCUAGAGCCGGUGCUGUUAUCGUGCUCGUCGAAGUUAAACCUGCUUGCCUGUAUUUCAUUUCUUUUUCAGAAGGACUUUCAUUUAAUAUAACGUUAUGGCGGUGAACACAGGCACUUCUCUGGUGCUCUCCAGCUUGCUGUCAGUGCUGGUUUUUGCUGGGAUGCAGAUGUUCAGUAAACAGCUGGGAUCAACUGAGUGGCUUACCAUCCUGGGGGGCUUCCUGGGCUCAGUCCUCUUCAUCUGUUCCCUUACUGCUUUCAAUAAUCUGGAAAACCUGGUGUUUGGAAAGGGCUUCCAAGCCAAGAUAUUCCCAGAGAUUCUGUUGUGCCUGUGCCUGUCAUUGUUUGCCUCUGGUCUGGUGCACAGAGUUUGUGUCACUACCUGCCUGAUAUUUUCCCUCUUCGCCCUGUACUACAUCAACAAAAUAUCUGCAGUCCUCUACCAAGCAGCUGUGCCUGUAGUAACACCAGCCAAGGCUACCAGCAAGAGCAAAAGGAAGAAUUGAUGAAGUCAAGUCACACUUACUUUAUGUGAAGCAGUAAAUACAGGAAAGAUGCUGAUGACCACUGUAAAACAGCUGUAACAGAUUUUUGUAAUAAUUCUUAAAUUCAUUAAUGAAACUUGAUUCGAUCUACCUGAGAUUUGGUCAUUUACACCCAAAUAGAUUAUUAUUAUUAUUAUUAUUAUUUUUUGUCUUUAUGGACUUGAAUUGUGAAGUGUCCCUGAUCAAAAUGAGGCUUUAAAAAAUCUAAACAGACAUUCCAUUUACCCCAUUUUUCUCUGCACUGAUGGCUGCAAAGAGAUUCAUACAUUUUAUGUUUACUGUACAUUUAUCAGCACAUUUUUUUUUUGUUCUAUUCAUUUUAUAAUUAAACUUUUGUGAAAAACG